ACUAGACAGUCAGUGUGAAGCCCUACUGAAGCACAUCAAUACUUGACAGUCCACAGUUGAGAGGUCUCCACAGCUGAGUGCAGCCAUGAGCCAUUCUCCCUCUGAUGUGUACCCCGGAGUAGUAAAGACAGGGGCGUAUCGCUAUGAAGAUGGUACACGAUACAUCGGUGACUGGAAUGACAAGGGACAGAAACAUGGACUAGGACAGCUGAGCCUGCCAGACGGCACACGUUAUCAUGGCACCUUCCACAAUGGUUUAUGUUCCGGUCUGGGCGUCAUGUACUUCUCAGAUGGCGCCAAGUAUGAGGGGGAACUGAUGCAAGGCUGGUUCCAUGGCCAUGGAGUUUUCUGGAGAGCUGACAGUAUGAAGUUUGAAGGUGAAUUCAGAGGUGGCAGGAUAUGGGGGCUAGGUAUGAUCACCUUUAGUGAUGGAAGCCAUGGGUUUCCUAAGAAUGAAGGAUUCUUCCAGGACUGCAAGUUGGUGCGCAAGAAGCGGUGCCCUGAGGUCGUACAAAGGGCACAGAAAGUUGCUCUUAUGGCUAGAGCUCAAGCUGACCAAAACCAAAACUAAACUACUUCAAGAUUAAAAUUGAAAAAAACUUGAUAUGCUUUUUCCAAGUUUAUAAUUUUAUGAUUUUGAAAAUCAUCUAUUAUCCAAUGUUGUAAAGGCAUUAAAAAUAAAUAAUAUUAUUUGCUCA